UGGCGAUGGCGUCCGGGCAGGAGAGCAAGAAGGAGCUAGACCGCAAGGCCCGCGAGGGCGAGACCGUCGUCCCCGGCGGCACAGGCGGCAAGAGCCUCGAGGCCCAGGAGCACCUUGCCGAAGGGCGCAGCCGCGGCGGCCAGACGCGGAGGGAGCAGCUGGGGCAGGAGGGGUACAGCGAGAUGGGGAGGAAGGGCGGCCUGAGCUCCAACGACGAGUCCGGCGGCGAGCGCGCCACGAGGGAGGGCAUCGACAUCGACGAGUCCAAGUUCACCACCAAGUCCUAGACGCGAGCUGCUAUGUAGUAGUAGUAGUAGUAACUGGGCUUGCAGCCAGUAGCUAGUUUGUCGUAGCUUAGGCUUAGGCAAGGUGUGUUCUGAAUAAUGUUGUGCGUGCAUGACAGCAUGCGUGUAGGGCGAUCAUAGAUACUAUGCUGCAUGCACUAUGCAGUGUGUGUAUGGUCAUGUAUGCUUCCAGCUGGGUUUAUUAGCGAGUAGUUGCUAGCUGAUCUAUCGGUGUGUCGUCGAACUGGCAGGCUUAGCUUGCUCAAUCCAGGCUUUGUCCUUCAGUAGAGCCUCUGUGUUGUUGCCCUGCCGUCGAUCUCUCUGGUGGUUAGAGGAGUGAUGGUUCAGUAUGCAUGCAUCACAGCUGCCAGCUGAUGCCGUAGCUUAGAAGUCAAGAAAGUACCACCAGUGUUGUGCGUUGUAUCCAUGGCAUAUGGGUUCU